CGAGGUGGUUGGCGGUCCAGCAGCGUGUCAGCCGAAUGCUGCGAGAGUGCCGUCAAAGAGAUUCAGUCGUAUUGCCAGGCUGCUCUCUGUCGCACGGCUAACGCCCGGUCGGGACCAAGUGCAUCGAAUUCGUGUGUCGCGCCGGCGAGAGAACCCGAUUUCCUUCUUGCUCGAACUUUUCCACCCCGCGAAAAGAGAGGAAAUCGAGACGCAGACGGUGAGAUGGCUGUGUCCGCGUGAGAGGAGCUCUCUCUCUCUGCAUGAUCUCGCUGGGGUAGCUCGUGUUGCAGGGUCCACAUACGGAAGGAGACCACGAAGAGGAUGGGGUUGUACGUAACAGGCGUAAUCGGCGUGACUUUGUUUUACAUCGCGGUGCUGGGGGUCGGGAUAUGGGCCGCCGCGUUUAAGAGACGAAAGGCUGCGCAAGGUCAAGAUGACAUGAUACUGGCGAAUCGUCGCCUUGGUCCUAUGCUCGGCGCUUUCACUCUUAUUGCGACAUGGGUUGGAGGAGCUUUCGUCAACGGGACUGCCGAGGCCAUGUUUACGAAGGGUCUGGCCUGGUGUCAAGUUCCUAUCGGAUAUAGUCUCAGUUUGAUUUUCGGCGCCAUGCUCUUCGUACGUCCGAUGAGGAAGGCCGAGUACGUGACAAUGCUGGAUCCCUUUCAAGAACGAUAUGGCGCAGGUGUCGGGGGUUUGCUCUUUCUUCCGGCAUUGUGUGGCGAUUUAUUCUGGUGCGGCGCCGUCCUGAGGGCACUAGGAAGCUCGCUGGCCGUCGUCGCCGGCGUAGAUCCGAAUAUCAGCGUUUGCGCCUCAGCAUUCUUAGCGGCCGUAUACACAGUCUUCGGAGGGUUGUAUUCCGUGGCGUGCACAGACGCGCUGCAACUAUUAUGCAUUAUGCUGGGUUUAGUUAUAGCAGCACCCUUCUCCAUGUUUCAUCCCGCAGUAUCAUUCGAGAACAAUCUCAAUGUACGAGACUGGUUGGGACAUAUAAAGAACGAGGAUCUGGGCGAGUGGGUGGACGGCAUGUUGCUCCUGGUGUUUGGCGGUAUACCUUGGCAGGGUUAUUUUCAACGAAUCCUAAGUAUUAAGAGCACUUCUGUCGCAACAACUCUAUCAGUAGCUGCGAUGUUUGGUUGUCUGAUACUCGCGGUACCAUCGGCCGUGAUUGGAGUAGUUGCCCGUGCUACCGAUUGGUCCAUAGUUCCAGGAUACAACAGAUCGUUCACCACAGAUGAUGGAAACGCCGCAUUGCCGAUGGUCCUGCGAUAUCUCACGCCGCAAUGGGUCUCCUUUGUUGGUCUUGGCGCGAUCUCGGCGGCAGUGAUGUCUUCGGCAGACUCCAGCAUACUCGCCAGUAGUUCCAUGUUCACCAGAAACGUCUACAAACUCACUAUUCGACCAAAAGCAUCCGAACGUGAACUGAACUGGGUCUUGAGGAUUUCCGUAAUCGCAGUUUCCGUGCUGUCCACUCUCGUUGCUCUCAUGGUCAGCAGUGUUUAUUAUCUCUCGUAUUUGUGUGCCGAUCUCGUUUACGUCGUCCUGUUCCCGCAAUUAUUAGCUGUUAUUCAUUGGCCCUCCAUGGUGGAUACUUACGGCUGUCUGGCUGGAUACUUUAUCGCUAUCACUCUUCGUCUUGCUGGCGGCGAAAAAGGACUCAGCAUAUAUCCCCUGAUUGAAUAUCCAUUCUACGACGCGAGGACGCGGACCCAGAAAUUUCCCUUUCGCACCGCCGUCAUGAUAAUCGCUCUCUUCACUCAACUCUUCACCAGUUUUCUUACGAGAAACCUGCUCGGCAAGGGUUAUUUCCCGGAAUGUUGCGACGUGUUGAGCAUUUAUUCGCCCGGCAAAUCCAAGGAACCUUCGGGUGUCGUGCAAAGCAACUCUGGCGCCGCGCUCAUGGACUCAUCUUCGAAAUCAACCUCGGGCAUAGACUCGUGCGACGGCACGGGGGUUUACGACGACGAGAGGACCACGUAUCAUCAUCACGUGGAGGACGUGGUGACCGAUUCCGGGGACACGAGCGGUCACGUCGACCCGAGAACGAAGAACAUCGGCAUCUCGGUCGUACAGAGGGCGAACUAUAAUCUACAGAAUCUGCAGAACUUGCGGAAUUGCGUGACGCCGGCGCGGACUCCUACGGCGAAUCAGUACGCGUCCGUUCAGACCGAUGCUUAUCGGGGCCAGAUCCUGGGGGUGAGAAACCUGCGAACUGGUCCGGCCGGCCUGGUGCUCUCGCCCACUCGGUCGAUCGGGAUCCCGGCGAUUAUUCCGGCGACACCGAUCGCUCCGUGUGCCCCGUCCUAUGCCAAGGUCGGCUGCGAACUUGGACCGAGCAACGAGAAGCCGCGUGACAACAAUGACAGAGUUGCGGUCGUCGACAGAAGCAACGCAGAGUACAAUCUUAAUACUCAGGAAAAUCCGCCUGCGAGCGUGGGUCCGAAAAAGAGUGUGAAAGGGGUGAAAUUAGUGGGUAUGGAAGGCGGACCUUUGCGAAGACCGUCGCUGCAGGGCACAUUCUCGCCGACACCGUCCGUGGAAUUAGUUAACAUUCUGGAUAGGAGACAAAGCAGCGGUUCGUUUGGUCCAGGGUCUCUGUCCCCUGUACCAUCUAUGGGGGUAGAAGCGUGCAAAACCCAUGGAACCGCGACCGAAGGACAGACUGGAAACGAGCAUUGCAAAAUAAAGAGAGGCAUCGUGCGACAUCACAGUUUGCGCAGCUUCAAUGACACAGGCGACCGAACGACGCUGACGACGCUCGCCAGACAGCCCAAUUAUCCGUCGAUGCCGUUGAGACCAGAGGACGGCCGUAUGACACUUGUGAAGAAGGACAAGAGGCUGGCUACCAUCGGCAGGCAUUCAUCGAUGACGAAUGAAACCGAACUCGGCAACACGAGCAGCAUGAUCGUCUGCAGUCCCACCUUCAGCAUGUACAGCUCGGCCGCGAAGAGCUCCAACUACUUCGUCACCGACGACGAAGCUGUUAGCAGGUUCUAAGGCGGGAACGUAACGUAACAUUUUUUCGUCCCAAGAGCGAAGAAACUUCACCUAAAGCGCAAGCAUCAUUGGUUGAUGCAAGCAUUUUGACAGUUUUUAAUUUUUCUAUAUUCUUUCAAAAAAUAUAAUAC